ACUGACAACAUUACUUUCAUAUUUUUAAGUUUGAUUCCCAAAUAAAGAUUUCCAAUCCCAACCUUUAUAUUGCUAAAUCAUGUUACAUUUGAAAAGUAAGGGCAAGGAGCUAAAUAUAACCGAAUAUACGGUGAUCAUUCCCAGCAUCUGCGUGGGAAAUGCAGCACAACUCGCAUGCGAUUUGCUGAUUGCUUCCAAACAACUAAAGAAAAUAGGAAGUUUGACGCAUCCAGCCUUAAUUCCUGUCUACGGGCCCUCGGCCUACCAGCACGAACCCAACGAAAAGGUAACAUCAUGCGAACUGUACGAGAGUGUGGAAGAUAAGCUCCUGGUUGUACAAUUCCGGGCUCCCUGGAUUUCCCGACACACAAGAGAUUUUCAGAGUCAACUAGUGGCUCUACUAAAAGGAGCUCGUCGUGUGGUCAUUCUAAGUGGUAGCUUUGGCUUUGAGCGACGGAUCAUCGAGGAAUCGCCAUGGGCCUACCGGGCUAGUGACAAUUUUAAAGCUGCCCAUGCAGAGCAAUUAGGAAAUCCCGAAGUAAUCAAGUGGAAGGAGCAUACCGGUGAUAUCAUCUAUGGCGGAGGCAAUGGGCUCCAAUUAUUCCAAGCCUUUAAUGAGGAAGGCGUGCAAGUAAUGUUGUUAUUCCGUUACCUCCUCGAAGGAGACAAUUCCACGGAUGCCUCUUUAAUUGUUCGAGAAUUGAACGAACUUUGUGAGGACUUCCUGCAGCUACGCAGCGGAGGCGAUGGCAGCUUUAAGCUUACAGUCCCUAAAUCAUGGAAUCUUCUGUUUGGCAAUGAUGUGACCGAGCUGAUGUUUUAAGGCGAAGAGACAUGAGUUUAGUCCAUUGAUAAAUUUUGUAUAAAUGUUCCUUUGGUUGGGCCAAUAAAAAUAAAUUAAAUUUGUUUUGGUGUAGGAAACCAAAGAUAUUGUUCAAUUUUUACGGGAAAUAAAAAGGAUUCUGACGUCAAACCAAA